AUGACCGAGGCCAAGACCAGGUUCGUGAUCCCUGAGAAGGAGUCAAAAUGGGUAGGCAAACCAAGGCGUAAAGCUGUUGAGCAAGCACCUGAGCGAGACUCAGAUGAACGAACCCGCAUCGUAAAAUUUAGUAGAACUGGCAUGUUUGAAAUGAGUAUACCAUUGCGUUCGAAGACAUCCCACGAGCGCUUAUUACAAAUCGAAGCGAGCGAAGCCCCCUCGUCGUCCCGUCCAAAGAGAUCAUAUCAGUGUUUACCGGACACCGAAUCAAGCAAAGCAACAACCCAAGUCUACCGCCCGAUCAAAUGCAGUAAAGCGGGAAGAAUGGAUCAGGACCACAUCAAUCAACUCAUGGAUGCAGCUGAAUUCGCCGACUCUAAAGGAAUGUAUGCAGACUCUGUUCAAACAUAUCAGCAACUCCUAAAUUUGUAUGCCGACGAAAUGUCAAGAUGUGAGAGCAAACAUGGUGCGACCAAUAGAGGCCCCCAUACGGGAUGGAUUCUUUCGUGUUUCAAUCUUACACGAUGCUACUUGAAGCUGAAGCGCCCGCAAGCGGCCUUCGAAACUCUCCAACAAGCUUGGCGCCCAGAUUCAAGCCUAGCCAUACCUUCCACACAUACAAACUAUCUGGAACUAUCCCAUUUGUAUUUCGAAGUUGAAGAUAGGUUACAGAGCAUCUCUCACUCUCAUGCGAACUAUGUCGGUGGAUGUUUUCUUUGGUAA